CCAAGAUUCCCGGAGGCGCGCUAGUCCGCGGCUUGAGGAGUUCCUGACUUCACCAUGCCGAUGAAGGGUCGCUUCCCGAUCCGCCGUACGCUGCAGUACCUGGGUCGCGGGGACGUGGUAUUCAAGGAGUCGGUGAAGAUCAUGACCGUGAACUACAACACGUAUGGGGAACUGGGCGAAGGCGCCAGGAAAUUCGUGUUUUUCAACAUCCCUCAGAUCCAGUAUAAGAAUCCUUGGGUGCAGAUCAUGAUGUUUAAGAACAUGACGCCAUCGCCCUUCCUGCGGUUCUAUCUAGAUUCUGGNGAGCAAGUCCUGGUAGACGUGGAGACGAAGAGUAAUAAGGAGAUCAUGGAGCACAUAAAGAAAAUCUUGGGCAAGAAAGAGGAGACCCUCAGGGAGGAGGAGCUGGAAAAGCAGCAACGCUUUCAUCCAGGCAACUUUGGCCCCCGGAAGUACUGCCUGCGGGAGUGCAUGUGCGAAGUAGAAGGCCAGGUGCCCUGCCCUGGCCUGGUGCCCUUACCCAAGGAGAUGACAGGGAAGUACAAAGCUGCUCUGAAAGCCAGUACUUAGGUCUAAGCAAGGCCAUCUGGGGUGGACUGGUGGCAUUUGACUGGUGGAGAUGGAUUACAUUGGUACCAUAAAUGAUGGAACUCUGCAAUGGAAAGGCCAGCUUGCACAUCUGUUUAAAGGACAUGGGAUGAAGGCCAGGGUUGCCAGCUGCUGAACAGAUGUCAAUAAAAGAUUUAGUCUUCCUAUACAUAGUAAGUCUGGUCUUGCUGGUCUAAAGACCAUCAGUAUCAGAGAGCUUGGGAUGAGGAGGUGCAAGGCAGUUUGUCAGUGAUUGUCUGGAACUGGCCCUGCUUCUUUCACUUAAUCUCCCUCCAGUUUCUACACUGGAAGCUGUUGAGGGCUAUUGCUAUUGGUGAGCCAAAUGUAGCUGGGAGAGUCCAUGUUCUUACUUAGCAGUCCAAAGCAAACAUGUGGGCAGUGUACUAAAGCCUGCAAUUCUUUCUUCCUGAGAGAGGAGAGAUUCCCCAGCCCCAGUUAGUAACGAGAUCUUGGACAGUAGGAUUAUUUCAGGCCUGGCCUUUCAGUUUAGCAGAUGGGAGCUGAAGUCACCAAAUCUCUUGUCCACUUCCUUGCCAUCAAGUCCAUGUGGUGGAGGAGUGCCAGUGGCAUUGUGUUAACUGUAGCAUGGAUUUUUCUGGCUUUGAGAAUGAAGAUGCCACCUGGGUGGUAAUUUGACUCUCAAUUCUUGCUUACUAGGUGAGAGACAGAGAGACAGACAAGACACACACACUCCUGGAUGCCUUUCUAGGUAUAUUUUCCAGUUAUCAGUGUCAUUUNAGCUAUGUAGACUCCAUUCUUUAGUGGACAACAGAAUCUUCCAGGGUCACCUAAUGUUUACCACAGACUUCUUGGCAUUUGGCCAUAUAGGUAUGAGUUUAUGAGGCAAAAUUAAGCAGUGGUUGUUAAAAA